UGGCGUGAUGGACGUGUUGGGCCCAGCGUCUGGUGUCCAGAGAUGAUAGAAGGUGACCUCAGAGUCACCUUUAACCCCUGACCCCACCACCACAACCCCUGAGAGCGAGCUGAAACUGUGUCCACACACACAGGCUGCAGUGGGGUCCUCUUCCAAAUGACUACCUCAGGCCUAAAGACUGUUUCACUGCAGCCACAGUCCUGAACAACAGCCAGUCAUGACAUCAAGCAUAGGGGAUGAUUCUAGCAUCUUCGAUGGGUCGAUGGAAGAAGAUGACAAGGACAAAGCAAAACGCGUGUCCCGUAACAAGUCAGAGAAGAAAGACGCGACCAGUUCAAUGUCUCUCAUCAAGGAGCUGGGGACCAUGUUGCCUGGCAUCACACGCAAGAUGGACAAGUCCACCAUCCUGCAGAAGAGCAUCGUCCUGUGUAAACACACACAGACCUCUGCUCAGUCUGAGUCCAGUGAGAUCAGACAGGACUGGAAACCUCCGUUCCUUAACGAGGAGUUCACCCAGCUCAUGCUGGAGGCUCUAGAUGGAUUCUUCAUAGCGAUAAUGACAGACGGGAACAUCAUCUAUGUCUCUGAGAGCGUGACCUCCUUACUGGACACCUGCCGGUGA